AUGAGUUGUAAAAAGUCUGGUACAACUGCAUCAUCAGGAAAUGGAAAAUCUGGUGAACAGAAAGAUGAUAAUUUUUUGGCAAAAACUGCUCGUUCGAUUCGAGAUAAAGUACAAGGAUUAACGGGUGACGUAAAAGAAAAAACACAAAAUUUAACACGUAAUAGUGAAUCAAAAAACAAAAGAAAAAGACUAAGAAAUAGAAAGACAAAAGAUACUGAAACGAAUUCAUCAUCAAAAUCUGCUACAUCUAAUACAAAAGAUUCAGAUUCAGAUUCGAAUGAUGAAAAUGGUUCAAUAAAACCACGAUCUCCACGUUCGAUUCCUCCCGGAACUGGUGACAAAUCAGAUAUUUCACGAUCAAAACCAUCAUCAUCAUCAUCCGAAAUAGAAAAGACUAAUCCUGAACGUUCUGCUCGCUUAAAAAUUCCAUCCAAUCAAUCACCUUCAAAUAAUUCAGCCAGUAAACCAUCUGAUGAUGAUUCAGUAAGGAAACCUUCACAUUCAUCAUCAAAUAAGGAAUCAAAUGGUGAUACAGAUGGUGAUGAGGUAACAAAUAAACGAUCUUCUACGAAGAAAAAUACAGAUAAAGUUCAUUUAUCAUUUGAUGGUGUAUCAACUGUCGAUGACUUGCUUAAUCGAAUAGAUGAAACGGUUGAACAAGCUAAACUUGUUAUAGAAGGUGGUUCAGGAAAAAUUGGUCUUAAUAUUGAUAGAGUUCCGUCUGCAGCUAAGCUUCCUCCAUCUGAUCUUGAAAAAAGACCUAAAGAAGAAGUUAAAGAUAAAAAUAUCAAAGUUGACAAACAGGAAGAAACACCGAAAAACAAAGAAGAACAAGUGGAAGACAAAGAAGAACCAAUACAUAUUGACUAUAAUGAAAUACACACAAUUGGAGAUCUUCUCGAAAAACCAACUAAUUCAUCUUCUACUACUUUGCCAACAUCAAAAAAUCCUAAUAAUGAUGAUGAUGGUGAUGAUGAUGAUGAUACAUCAACAGCAACAAAAAGUAUUUUAAAAAAAAGUCAAGAUCCAUCAUCAUUAGACACAACGACUAAAACAUUAUCAUUUCAAGAUGAUCAAAUUCAUGUCAAUUUAGAAAAUGUUCAAAAUCUUGGUGAUCUUUUAGAUUGUGUUGACGAUGCUGUUCAACAAGUUCCAGUUGUUAUUGAUACAAAAUCUCAAGAAAAAAAACGACAAGCUCCAUUACCACCAAAUCAAAAUAAUAAUAAUAAUGAACUAAAACCAAAAACUUCUGUAUCUACUAAAGAACAAGAAGGUACUUCUAUGACAGCUAAUGAUGCAAAUACCAAAGAUGAAUCAUUACAGGUAACAAGCACAGAAGAAACAGCUUUAGAACUGGAUAAUAAACAAACAAAAGAUGUCGAAACUUUAACUUUGAAAAUAUCUAGAUUUGAUGAUAAUGAACCAAGAUUAUCUUCGUCAACGAGUAACAACAAGAAAGAGGAAGAUGAAGAAGUUGACCGGUUAUAA